CAUGCGCACAUGCCACUUCUUCAGAUGUCAACUACUGCACCACCAGAGAGAGACGACGGACACUUUAGCGAGAGCUCGUUAGCGUAGGGAAGUAAUAAUCCUUUGACCAAAAGCUUCUCCAGCUUGAAUAAAGUAAUGAGGUAGUCAGUCGGACAGCUAAUUAUAGUACCUAGAUUAAAAUACACUGGCAUUGCCACUGUGAAAAUGGACCAGGAGUUUGAAGCCAUAGAUUCAGAGGGCCGGUGGCAAAAGCUUUACCUAGAAAUAAGGAAUCAGUCCCACGAGUGCUCCUACAAAGUGGCAAAGUAUCCAGAGAAUCGCAACCGAAACAGAUAUAGAGAUGUCAGUCCAUUUGAUCACAGUCGGGUGAAGCUGGAGAGCACAGAAAACGACUACAUCAAUGCAAGUCUGGUAGUCAUGGAGGAAGCCCAGAGGAGUUACAUAUUGACACAGGGCCCCCUCAGGAACACCUGUGGCCACUUUUGGCUCAUGAUCUGGGAGCAGAAGACCAAGGCGGUCAUAAUGCUUAACAGGGUCAUAGAGAAAGGCUCAGAAAAGUGUGCCCAGUACUGGCCCACAGCCGAGGAGAGGGAGAUGGCCUUCAGAGACACACGUUUCUUGGUCAAGCUGCUGUCAGAAGACACCAAGUCUUACUACACCACCAGAGUGUUGGAGCUGCAGAAUCUUAGUACAGGGGAGAAGAGAGAGAUCUGCCACUUUCAUUACACCACGUGGCCUGAUUUUGGUGUCCCAGAGUCCCCGGCAUCCUUCCUAAACUUCCUCUUCAAAGUGCGGGAGUCGGGAGCGUUGGAGGUAGAACACGGGCCGGCUGUGGUGCACUGCAGCGCUGGAAUUGGACGCUCAGGGACGUUUUCAUUAGUUGAUACUUGUGUGGUCCUGAUGGCCAAGAGGAAAGACCCCUCAUCAGUGGACAUCAAAAGCAUCUUGUUGGACAUGAGGAAGUAUCGCAUGGGCCUGAUCCAGACCCCUGACCAGCUGCGCUUCUCCUUCAUGGCUGUCCUCGAAGGAUCCAAGUGCAUCAUGGGAGACUCCUCUGUACAGAACCGGUGGCGGGAGUUGUCCAGGGAAGAUCAGGAGCCGACAUCGGAGUCUCCCCUCUCAACUCAGCCUCAGGCCAGGUGUCCGACAGAGCGAUUCAACGGCAGCCAACGGGGAGGUCAGCUGGAGGAGGGAGGAGACUACAGACAGGAUGACAAAGUACCAGCACAGUCUCCUUGCAAGGAACAGGAGCAGGACGGCAGCACAACACACAAACGACGCAGAGAAGACAGCAUCUCCAAAUCAGGCACAGCCAAGACACCCCAAAGCAAACCUAGGACAAACGACUCAGAGAAGAAGAGAAAAAGGGCGAAAACCAGCGACUGCUAACCACCUCGACCUGCAGCCAUGCAACUACAGCUCUGGCAGAAAAGCCAACAUCGGCAGGGACCUCAAGCUUUUUCCCCAACCUCUGUGUCCUUCUUCCUUGACUCCAAACCACUCUUCCUCAUCUCCACCUCAAACAGCCAGCUCUCCUGUCUUUGUCGCUUUUUGUUGUCGUUGUCCUUGCCCUGAAACAUUAUUCAGCCACCGCACAUCUCCCUCUUCCUCCUCCAUUAGCAGCAUGUCACUCCUCAGUCCUCCACCUCACAGCUUUCCCUUGUCUCCUAAUCCUCUCUAAACUGUUUACAGCAGACACUUCGACAUUCUUUGAAGACCGCACAUUUGAAAAGACGAACACACCAGCGCUUUCUCCCCUGGUCACACCUCAACCACAGCCUGCGCUGCUUCUGGAGUCAGAAAAUCUUUUUUUUGCUUUAAUAUUAUUAUUAUUUGCAGCUUUGUCAUCUAUUAUGCUCCUUUGCAUUUAUGAAAUUAAGAGUGAUACUAGGGCCUAUGCAUUGCCAAAUUGUAAUGCUGUUCAUAUGUGUAUUUUUAGAAAACCUUUUUUGAGAGGCAAAAAUAAAUGUUCUAUUUUUUAUAAGAGAUUACUUGAAGUUUUUCACAGUAAUGGGGGUCAGUUAAAUGAAAAGCACUGCCUCCCCCCCACAUGAGAAUUUCAGUGGCAUGUAAUGUAUCCAUGAUGUACAUAGUGUUCUUUUAAAAAAGAUGUGUGUAAAGACAUAUUUUUGCUUGUAAAAAAAGAAAAAAAAGAUGAACGACAAUGUUACAGAUUUGAAUACCUGAUUUGAUGACUUGUUCUCCUUUUGAAAUGAAAAUGUCUUAAGUUUCUCUUUCUCUUAGAGUGUAAUCUACAAAUAAAACUGGUAUUAUCUAGUUUACAUCAUAACCUGUCAGUCCACAAAUUAUUGUGUAAGAGUUUGAGAUUUUGAGAAAGUUGGGUGAGAAGAUUGAUAUGUAUGUUAAAUAUGAGGAUACAGCCAGCAGCUGGUUAGCUUAGCUUACAAUAAAGACUGGAAAAAACUGACGUUAGAAAAAAAGACAAGCUGUAAAAACGACAAGUUGCCUUUUUAUGGAUGGUUAUGUGCCGGACUAUUUCUUGGCUAAGAGUUACUUCCUCUGGUUGCCUGGCAACUGCUUAGAGCCAAGAAAUAGUCCGGCACAACCAUUCAUAAAACAGCAACUUGUUGUUUGGCCCCAUUGAAAUACAAUGGGUCCAUUUAAUUUCUGUUUGGCCGUUUCCAGUCUUCAUGCUAAGCUAUGCUAACGGUGUGCCAGUGUCUAACAACGCAAAUGUAAUUAAUUCUGAGGUCCAUGAAUAUUUAUUUUUAUAUGUACAAUAGAAAAGCAAGUUUAAAUUAAGUAAAUUAACAAAUAUUUUGGUUUUGAUUUAUGACAUUUUGUUGGCCAUGGUAUAUCUUAAUUAAAGGACACAUAAAAGUGGAA